CAACACAACAGCUGUCAUAAUUCCACGUAUUUGAAGUUAAUGUAUUUUACUAAUUUACCUACAAAUUACCAAUUUACCUUCAAAUAUUUGAAUCUUGUGAAGCUCUAAAUCUGUAGAGAAACAUCUAUUCUCUAUCUGGAGACAUUGCGUUUGCAAUUUACAUCUGAAAUCAGAGAAUAACCUACUCAAAAUGGAAGGGUCACUCCUGGAACCUACUCUUUACACCGUGAAAGGCAUGCUAAUCUUGGACAAUGAUGGACACCGCAUUUUGGCAAAGUACUACGAUCCGGCAAUCUUUCCCACCGCAAAAGAGCAGAAAACAUUUGAGAAGAACCUGUUCAACAAAACUCAUCGAGCAAACGCUGAAAUCAUCAUGCUUGACGGUUUGACCUGUGUUUACAGGUCCAACGUAGAUUUGUUUUUCUAUGUUAUGGGAAGUUGUCACGAAAACGAGCUAAUUCUCAUGAGUGUUCUCCAGUGUCUCUACGAAUCUAUCAGUCAGAUUCUGCGCAAAAACGUGGAGAAACGGGUUGUCAUGGAAAAUCUUGACAUAGUAAUGCUAGCUAUGGACGAGAUUUGUGACGGAGGGAUAAUUCUGGAGGCCGAUUCACAGUCAGUCGUUCAACGGGUCGCACUGAGAACGGACGAUAUCCCUCUAGGAGAGCAAACCGUCGCUCAGGUCUUCCAGUCCGCGAAGGAACAAUUGAAGUGGUCGCUGCUUAAAUGAGAAACAAUGGAGACCUUGAGUCUCUUUAAUAUUUUCGAUGACACACCGUCAUAAACUGUGAAAUAAGUGAGUGUAGUAUUCAAAAAGUAUCUAAAGACAGAUUUAAUAGAGAGGUUAACAUUGAUUGAGUUUCUUAUGUGCCCUGAUUCAAUACAUGGUGAGGUUUAUAAUGAAUAUAUUCAAAUGUGUAUCUGGCUGAUUCAAUAGUGGGGUUCACAAUAAUUGUGCUAUAUUCAAAUGUAGUUCACAAAUUGUAAAAGCGAUUGUUGUAUUCAAAAGUAUCUGACCGAUUCAAUAGUGAGAUUUACAAUGAAUAUAUUCAAAUGUGUAUCUGACUGAUUCAAUAGUGAUGUUUAAAAUGGAUAGGGUAUAUUCCAAUGUAGUUCACAAAUUGUAAAAGCAUGUGCAUUAUUCAAAAGUUCAGACCUAUUCAGUAGUCAGAUUUACAAUGAAUAUAUUCAAAUGUGUAUCUGACUGAUUCAAUAGUGAUGUUUAAAAUGGAUAGGGUAUAUUCUAAUGUAGUUCACAAAUUGUAAAAGCAUGCGUAUUAUUCAAAAGUUCAGACCUAUUCAGUAGUCAGAUUUACAAUGAAUAUAUUCAAAUGUGUAUCUGACUGAUUCAAUAGUGAUGUUUAAAAUGGAUAGGGUAUAUUCCAAUGUAGUUCACAAAUUGUAAAAGCGAGUGUAUUAUU